AUUACAGGUGCCUGCCACUAUGCACAGAGGAUCCUGUCGUUAAAAGAUUCCUGGCCUGGGACAAAGAUCUGUGGGCAUCGGACAAGUAUCUGCUAGCUAUGGUCAUAGCAUAUUUUAGCCAUGCCGGCCUCUUCUCCUGGCAAUACCGACACAUUCAUUUCUUCCUGGCCCUCUACCUGGCCAAUGACAUGGAGGAGGAUGAUGAGGCUUCCAAACAAGCCAUCUUCUACUUCCUGUAUGGGAAGAACCUCUCCCAGCGCCCCUUGUUCCAGAAGCUUCGGUUCCAGUUCUUCUGUUCUAUGUGCUGGAGAGCUUGGGUUUCCCCACAGGAGUUGGAGGAGAACACUGGGCCCAGGGGAGAUGCAGAUUUUCAGCAGGAAGUUUAUUCCAAUGCUAAUGGAAGACACUGGGAAGGAAGAGAGGAACCAUUUGUGCAGAUCAUCUGGAAGAACCUAGAAGUACCUGGACUGUUCUAGAAGGAGCUGAAUAGUGUGAUCAUGCUGUCCUCCUAGGAGUGGUGGGUUGGGGGUACUUCUGGGCAUCUGUGGAGGACAGUGAGAAACCAGUGGUGUUUCUUGUUCCCACCCCUUCCUGCGGGCACCACCUCCCUUUUUAGGGAAUUGCUGAAUUCAACCUCCCUGGGGUGGAACCUGGAGGUCCUGCUUCCCAUGGACUUGGUUGCCACAGUCCGGGAGCAUUUGAAGGCACAGUGCAGGUGCCCAGAUUGGCAUGGAAUUAUUUGUAAAAUAUGAGUGCCACAGGAUUGUAGCAGAUAGCUUCAUGCAUACUAUGCAUUUUGUUGGUUUGUUUGGAAAAUGUUGGCCAUUGAAUUAUUAGUACUUUUAUGUCAGAUAGUUUGGAAAUUGUUAUACUUUUGAAGACAUGCUGUUCCUGUAGAGUUUUUUGAUAAGAGUUAUAGCUGUUACAUAUACAUAAAUAUACUUUUCUUUCCAUUUUUAAGAAAGAAUUCUGUUUAUCCUAAGUCUUUCAUUAUCUAUUAUUAUAUGUGCUCCUGAAGUGAACACUCUUUUUAUCUAUGAUGCUUACAUAAUAAUCUAUUACAUUUAUAUCUAUUUGAUAGUUCCCGUAAAUUCUUGUACUAGAAAUUUUUAUUUGCUGUUUUGUGUUUGUUAUUGAAUUGUGAGAAUCCAGUUGUGAUUUUUAACAUAUUUUAGGUAUAAUUAAUAGGUAUAAUAUA